GUCUCCAUCCUCAAAGACGAGAGCCCACCCGCCAACAUCCCUUCCUCCUCAGAAGACAUCACGGAGAGCCGCAAGAGCAGCUGUCCCACGAUCUUGCGCCCCGAAAUCAGCAACAAACGUCUCGUCGGCCGCCCGCCCACUAUGUCUGAUUCGAACCCCCCGCAUUCUACGGAUCCCCAAGAUAGUCUACUUCAAAAGUCACACCUAUCCGACGAGAAUAUGGGCAGUCAAGAAAACCCCGGCAGUCGGCAUCACGCACCCAGCCGUGAACAACACAUGACUUCAACCGGGAGUGUAUCCAGCCGUGAACAACGUGCCAGCCUGGCCGAGCAGGUGAAGGCGUGGCUUCGCAGCGAGAAACAGCGACAGAAAGACCGCCGCGAGGGUAAGAGAGCUCUCCACCGAGCGUUACACGGGCACUGCCCACCAGGUGAAUUAGUGGACAGUGGUGACACUCCUGCCCCCCCAGACCCAGACUCCAGUGGCGAUGAAGAGACACAGAAUUCAUUGAACCAGUUGGAAGCUAUUCUUGCAGGGGUCCAGGAAUCCUCACCCGCUGACCCUAGCCGCCACCAGAGUGCCUCAAGUAGGAGAGGCUCCUGGGGAAGGUCUCGAGCGAGAUCGCUGAUGGUUAAUGCAUCGGACACAGACUAUGCUUCUGAGGGAGAACCUGUGGUUCGCUCUUGUGAGGUGCAUCUAGAGACUGCUGAAGAAGUCGGAAUUGACGAGUUCAGGCGUCAAGUUUUGACAUUGGCACAUACACUUAAGUGUAAGGGCUGGAGGAGAGUGCCAUUGGAUAGGUUCAGGGACAUAUCUAUUGAGAGGAUUAGUGGAGCCUUGACUAAUACCGUGAGUUUAUCCUUCGUUGACUAUCCACUUGUAGGUUUUUUCCCUAGGCAAGGAACAGAAGCCUCACUCCGAAAAUUGCUUCUCCGUAUUUACGGACCCCAAGUCUCUCAUCUUAUCGAUCGUGAGACCGAAUUGAGCAUUCUUCGCCGCUUAGCUCGCAGGACGAUCGGUCCUCCUCUUUUGGGUACAUUCGAAAAUGGGAGAUUCGAGGAAUUCUUUAAUGCGACAACUCUUACAAAAGAUGAUAUCAAAGUCCCGGGAACCUCCAGGCAUAUCGCAAUGAGGCUGAAGGAAUUGCAUAAGGGUAUCGAACUUGAAGAUAGGGAGAGGAAGAUGGGGCCUGCCAGUUGGUGCAAUUGGUACAAGUGGGCUCCUAGGGCAAAGCAGAUCAUGAUAUACCUAGAUACUGCCGAGAAUUUGGGCAAGAGGGGCUAUAUAUGUGGAUGUCCAUGGGAAAAGUUUGAGGCAGCCGUUGAGAAGUAUAAGGAAUGGCUAUAUGACAGGUACAAUGGUGAAGAAAACGUGAAGAAGCAAAUGGUCUUUGCACACAACGACACUCAAUACGGGAAUAUCCUGAGAUUGCAGCCUAGUGGGGAGAGCCCGCCUCCGACUCCGAGCAACGAGCAUCGGCAGCUCGUCGUUAUCGACUUCGAAUAUGCUAGUGCAAAUACUCCCGGAUUUGAGUUUGCGAACCACUUUUGCGAAUGGAUGAGCAACUAUCACGACCCUGUCUCCCCCCACUUUAUGCACCACACCAGGUUCCCGACCUUCCAGGAGCGGCGCAACUUCCUCCAAGCCUACGUAGAACACAGCCUCCCCUCCCCAUUUAUCGCCAAGAGCGUUUCGAUGCCCGGGACAAGCUCCGAGCCCUCAACCCCGCCCACCUUACACCCCCCCGCCGCAUCCUCCUCCUCGGCGCCCUCCUCCAUGCUCGACACCCGCAUUCCCGGUGCCAGCGACGAGGAAGUCGACAGACUGGAGGGCGAAGCGAAAGCCUGGCGUGCCGCGAGCCAUGCAAUGUGGUGUGUCUGGGGCAUUGUGCAAGCCAAGAAUCCUGGAUCAGGAACCAAAGCUGCGGUCGAUGGACAGCAGGGCGGCGCCGAUGGAUCCGUGCCUGGAGGGGCCAAGGCGGCCGCAGGCGAUUUGGGUGGUGUGAAGCCCGAGAGUGAGGAAGAUGAGAGCGAGUUUGAUUACCUGGGCUACGCUCAGCAGCGGGCAUUGCUGUUUUGGGGUGAUAUGCUUGCCCUAGAGAUUAUGAAGCCGGGGGAGGUUGGCGAUGAGGUUGUGGAGAAGGCGAAGAUUAUUGCUUUGUGAUGACUUGCCAUAUUGUGAUAGCUGCUCGCUUUGUAGAUGCUGCAAUUUUACUGGCAUCUCGUGACUUUUUAUUUUUUAUUUUUUAUUUUUUUCUCAAACCAAUAGUCUAUGUUACAUUACGAGAUACGAGAGGAUUCUAUCGGAGAAAUAGGUGUUCUAAAUCCCCCUCCUCUUUUGCUUUUCCUUUAUAUAUAUAUAUAUAAUAUUAUAUAUAUCAUACCUUG